CAUGAUGUACAUGGAACAUUGUAUAUAGUAUUUGUUAUUAUCAUCUGGUCACAGUAUAAAACAGAUUUUAACAUGUGGACCUAUAAAUAACCCGGCUACCCAUGGUAUAGAUUACAAUUAUUGCUCUGAGAAGAAUGACUACCAUAAUUGUUGUUUCUUAGCUCUUUGACAUUUUGACUGCCCAAAACCACCAGUAAAAAGGCUUAUCCCAGUGGAAAAAUUAUAUAUGAGUGGGGUGCAGCAAAGGUUAUUCGAGCUAGUUCAGUUUUCUCAUCAUGUCACCAUUUAGUCUGUGGGUCGAGAGCUACCCGGUCUGCCCCUCUGUAUGUAGUUAUAUUGUUGUUAUUUGUUAAAAGGUGUUUUUUUUAUGUCCACCCAGGGAUUAUUGUAAUAUUUUAUCAUCUACGAUGUUACCUUGUAUUAUAUUAUUUGGGAGCUGCAGUGACUCAGUGAGUAAGGUCUUGACUCGCAAACCUGUAGGUUCAAUCCCUGUGUUGGCCAAGAAAUCUCCUUGUGAAGGACGGAGGGCCUAGCAAGGAUAGUAUCUAGUCGUUGAUGUGGGACAAAAAAAACCAAGGUCCUGUUGACAGUUUGAAUUUGAAAUAAGACUAGCCUGUAGCGCUGCUGUCCGGGCAAAGUUUUCCUCAAAGAACACUGCAUGGCAUAUGCCCGCCUUCAGUAGACCCAAUGAAGCAAAAGAAUAGGAAGUUUCUUGUGCUAAUUGGGGACAUAUAGAUAAAAAUUUGGUUUCAUGGUCUAAGUGGGGUGUUUGUGCCAAAUACAGGGUUGUUAUCAAGUUUGCCCAUUCUACGUUUAGAAAUUGUUUUUAACCACAAUAAAGAAAUAGGCAAUUUUUGUAAUUGUCUGAGAUGCAUUAAAAUUGAUUUUGGUGGACAGGGUUUCACUUUUCACUACACUACUGGUCAAAUGGUUUAAUUGUUUGAAAUAUGACUAAAUGUGUGUUAUGACCAUUGAAUUAUGUUUUUAUGUUUCUGAGAUAAAUAUGGCCAAGUGUUUAAUUGUUUGAAAUAUGACUAAAUCUAACAUCGUGUGUUAUGACCAUUGAAUUAUGUUUUUAUAUGUUUUUGCAUGAUAUUAAUGGUUACAUCAUUUAUAUGUUGCUGAGAUGGUUCCAUCAUUUAUAUGUUUCUGAGAAGGUUCCAUCAUUUAUAUGUUUCCGAGAUGGUUCCGUCAUUUAUGUUUCUAAGAUGGUUCCAUCAUUUAUAUGUUUCUGAGAUGGUUCCAUCAUUUAUAUGUUUCUGAGGUGGUUCUGUCAUUUGUAUGUUUUUGAGAUGGUUCCGUCAUUUAUAUGUUAUAAUUAUUGUUCUGUGAUCUUCGUGUGUUAUAAUCAUGUUAUAUAUCUGUGUUGGGUUCAUGUGUUAUAUUCAUGUGUUAUAAUCAUGUCAUGAUUCAAGUCUUGUGUUGGAUUCAAGCUGCUCAUCGUCAUUUACAUUUUCCACGGUUAAAUCCACAAUAAGAUGUAGCCUACAUUUAUCAUUAAUUCAGACAAUAUAUAAUAUUUCAUAUUUAACAUCAAAUUGAUAAAAUGAACAAAUGAAUGGUAGAUAAUCUCCAGGCUUCAAUCAGAUAGCGAAAAUUAUAGGUGGUGCUGGCUUAUUUUUACCAUAUGCUGUUUAUAUUCUUUAAUUCAUCAUAUUUUUGUAAAUAUGGAAUGGAAUUGAAUAAUUUUUGGACUGAUAUGUCUUUUAGAGAUUUGACUUUCACAAUAUUAUUAUAAUUAUAAACUAUAACACAUGGAAAAUGUCUCUAAAAGAUUAAUAUUAUAGUUAGCAAGGGAUGUCUCAUUCCCUCAAAUAUACAUCAGGAAUUAUAAAUAUGUUUAACUACCUCUAAGGUAUUGUUAGUUGUAUUGUGUAUUUCGAUAAAUUUUUAUCGAGGUAUCAGAAACUCUGGUUCCAGUUGAUAUUUGCAGGUAAUGACUUACCUAUAUGACUUACCUGUAGGCAAAUUGAUAUGACAAAAUUUUGUUGUUUUAUUUGUGAAUAAUAAAUGUAUUAAUCAGAACAACUUUCUUCCCACAUUUUUCACUUGUAAAAAUCACUUAAAACAUAUUAUGUAUAUAGAACACCAGGAAAAUCAAAAUGUAUUAUGUAUAUUUAACGCCAGGAAAAUCACAAUAUUACUAUCAAAACAUUAUGUAUAUUUAACACCAGGAAAAUCACAAUAUUACUUUCAAAACAGAAAUUGCAUGGCAAAAUUUGAUGAUGUAAAAUUUACUUAUGUUUUUCUCAUUCUUUACUUUUUGCUGAUGCAAAUUCACUGUCAUUUUUCAUCUUUGCAAUUUCCAUUAAUAUAUCAAAAAGUUGGCUCCAUAAUUAAUAAACCACAAAGUAAAGAUCACUUGAUUACCAAUGAUAGAUUGAUUAUUAAUGAUAGAUUGAUUAUUAGAAAAUAGAAACUGUAAAUAUAUGACCUGUGAUUUUUUUUACAAUAUGAACAAAAAUGCAAACAUGAAAUGUUUUGAUUUGACAAAUAAGGCAAACUGAAUUUGUUUUAUAGUUUUAGCCCGUUUCAACAUUUUUGUUCAUAUAUCAUAAACAAUGAAUUGCUACUUGCGACCCAUUUUGCUAUCAUGAGUCACAUUUUACCAACAUAAUGUGUCUUAUUGUUUGGUUGUGGCAAUGAUUUUAUUUGUGUCUUAAAAAAAUAUCCGAAAUACAUUUUACCAAUUUGUAACCCUUUAGCACUUUGACACCCCGUCACAUGCAUAGCAAUCGCGCCCACAUGAACUUAUAAGUGGUCCUGUCACAUAUCUCGGCAGUUGGAGACAAUCUAAUGAACAGCAGUUUCUGACUGUUUUGUUUUGUUAAAGGUUAUACCAAUAUUUAUUAUAUAACUUUUCUCUAAUUUUCUUCAAGGAACUGGGGUAGUCAAUAAAUAUUUACAUGUACCCAGUUCUAAAGGGUUAAAAUACAGAUGUGACGUCAUCCUUUGAUGUUGGUGUCCCAUCAUUUUAAAUAAUUUGUUAUACUAGUUGAAAUUUUGAACCUGUGUGAUGUAUUUCAUUGCAAAGCAUGUGCGUCGUUGCAAAGCCUUUAAUUCAAAUAAUAGUACAAUCACUUUACAAAUCCGACAUUAUCUAUACAAGAUGGUGUUCUCAUAAUGAUUUCAAUAACAGGAACAUGCAUGACUUUAUAAUCUGUAUUUUAAGUUGUUUAAAGCCCCCCCCCCCCCCCCAACAUUUAAACCAGGCUUAAAAAUGUUUGACAUCAGCUGAUUAAAAACAGCACACAACACACAGUUUAUAUGAUAAACAAUUACUGGUGUAUACACACAGCACUUUGCCAAGUGUUCUCUUAUCCAGAUAGAUUGUGUUGUUUAUUUUUAUUGUGCUCAGUGGCAAAACGCCACUCAAUGAUUGUAUCAGCUUAUUACUUGGCAAUAUUUUUAAAAUGUUAGGUUAUAUUUAGCCAUGACAUCAUAUGUAAAUAUAUAAUUCUGUUAGCACUAUGUUUCAAAGGCAGCGAUAAAAAGGUUGUGGUUUAGAAGUUUAUGAAAUGUAGAAUGUGCCAUAUAAAAGUUUUAAGGUAUAUGUGUGGUCCGACCGUAUACGACAGCGCUCAUAUCGGUCAUGCCAGUUCCUACAUCAGGUUCGAUAUAAUACGACGUGUUUUAGAGAAUUAUUUUGAUAUUGAGGUUGACCAGGUGAUGGGUAUAACAGAUAUAGAUGAUAAAAUUAUUUACAAGGCUAAUAGGACGAAGACCCCAUUUGUUGAAGUCGCUAAGAAAUAUGAAAUGGAAUUUCUACAGGAUAUGGAGAAGUUGAAUAUUUUACCAGCGACGCGAUUAACACGGGUUUCAGAUCAUAUACAACCAAUUCUAGAAUAUAUACAGAAAAUAAUAGAUAACGGUCUAGCUUAUACUGCAGAUAACGGUUCGGUAUAUUUUGAUGUUAUUAAAUAUGGUCGCUAUGGUAAAUUAUGGACUCAUUCAAUGGAAACAGAAGUGAGGGCGACAGGUGAUCAAUUUAAAAAACACCCAAGAGAUUUUGCAUUAUGGAAAGGUGUGAAACCAGGUGAACCGUAUUGGGAAUCUCCAUGGGGUGAUGGCAGACCAGGAUGGCAUAUAGAAUGUUCGACAAUGGCAAGUGGUGUAUUUGGAUCAAACUUUGAUUUCCAUUCUGGUGGUAAUGAUUUAAUGUUUCCACAUCAUGAGAAUGAACUGGCCCAAUCACAAGCUCAUUAUAACUGUCAUCAGUGGGUCAAUUAUUGGCUUCAUUCAGGUCAUCUGCAUUUAAGUGGGGAUGCCAUCAAAAUGUCGAAAUCACGCCAGAACGUUCUGACGAUAUCUGAUUUUCUAGAUCAUUUUACAGCCAACCAGUUCCGAAUGUUCUGUCUUCUCACUCCAUAUAGACAUUAUAUAGAAUAUAGUGAUGUAAUCAUGAAGAAAUCGGCCGCUAUUUACGAACAUUUUACCAACUGUAUUAACAUGUGUGACGCUUAUGUCAAAGGUCAAAUACUUUGUGAACCAAUCAAUGAAGCUGAAUUACAGAACUGUAUAAAUGAAACAAGACAAGGUAUAUUAGAGGCAUUGGCUGAUGAUUUCCUCACAGAGAAUGUCAUCAGUUCCAUGCAGAAUUUAACAAAAAUACUCUACAAAAGUUUUGCAAAAGACACAACGUGUAGUGUAGUAAGAAGCCCUGCCACGGUUUCUACUGCUGGUGUAUUAUUACAAUCAACGUUAAAUAAAUUAGGUUUUAAUCUCAGACUUAAAGGGACAAGUAGCAAUAUGGAUGGUGUAAAACUAGACUCUGUUAUAGAAAAUCUGGUGGAUCUCCGUGAUACUGUCAGACAGUUUGCUCUACAUCCACCUGACAACAUAUUUACAGAUGUAGCAGAAGAAGAUACAAAAGAAGAAGAGAAAAGAAGAAAGAAGUUGAUGUCACCGUUAUUAAAUAAAUGUGACAAAGUUCGUGAUAAUUUAAAAUCUGUGAAUAUUUCAAUAGGGGAUUUAAAGAAGACCUCGUUGUGGAAAGUUGAUAAAUAGUAGUAGAUCCCCUGAUUAUAUUCUUAAAAAAAAAAAAAAUGAUUAAUCCGUCUUCAUUAGUUGGGUAUAGGACGUUAAACCCCAUUUGAUUUGUAAAAAGUGAUGCAAUUAAAACAAGACUUUAAUUAUAUAA